GCGUUUUGUUCUUUGCAUUUCCCAUAAACGCCCUUGCAGGCACGCCUCUUUUUGAUCCCCUUCUCUCUUGAUUUAAUUAAACCAUCCGGCCCAACAAAAAAUCUACUCGAGCCUCAAGCGGCGCGAUUGUUUCUCCAGCCAACGAGGCGAGUUAAUAAUGGACUCCGAGCCGCCCGACUUCUUAAAACGCCUUGGCGAGGACCCUUUGUCCAGCUGGUGGCCAUGGAUCGUUGCCUUAGUGGUCGGAGUGGUCACCUGCAUUAAGGGAUACAUGGGGGGAGCCGAGUGCCCCAGCAAAGCGCGUAUCGACAGCAAGUGGGUGAUCGUCACCGGAGCCAACUGUGGCAUCGGACUCGAGACUGCCAAAGAACUUGCCAAAAAGGGAGCAAAACUCAUUUUGGCGUGUAGAAACGAGAAAAAAGGCGAAGAGGCGCGAGACGAGAUUCGCAAAGUGGCGCAGAAUGCUGUGCUCGUCAUUGAAAAGCUCGACUUGUGCAAUUUCGAAUCCAUCAAACAAUUUGUAAAAAAUCUCGGAAACACGGAGGUGGACAUUUUAAUCAAUAAUGCCGGAGUCGUUUUCCAUCCUGAAGGAAGAACCGUGGAUGGAAACGAAUAUCACUUUCAAACGAACUACUUGGGCCCUUUCUUACUGACGCACUUGCUACUCCCUAAGUUGAAAGCUCGCAAAGGACGAAUUAUCAACGUGAGCUGCGUGGCGAAUUUUGCUGGGGAAAUUCACAUGUCUAAUUUGAACAUGGAAGGUUGUUACUCAGCUCGAGAGGCGUUUGGACAAAGCAAAUUGGCACUUGUAAUGAUGACCGCAGAAAUGGCAAAGAGACUGAAGGGCACUGGUGUGACUAUCAACGCGCUUCACCCCGGCAUGGUCCGCAGUACUCAGCACAUGCGCCAUUCACCCUUCAGCAGCUCUAUCAUCCUGAAGGCACCCAUGGUUCCCUGGAUCUGGCUCUUCACCAAAAACCCACACCAAGGUUGCCAAACCACCCUGUAUCUGGCUCUAGAGCCAGGUUUGGAGAAAACUACUGGAAAAUACUACGCGGACUGCUCUGAGACUAACAUGGCAGAAAAGGCCCACGACGCAAGUCUGACGAAAGAGCUGUACGAGAAAACAUGCGAGCUUGUCGGAAUCAAAGGCAUCGAGAAGAGCAAGCACUAACAUGUUUGACAAUAAAAAAAAUGGGGGGAAUUAGCUUGAUGUGUUGUCGGAAGCAGCUUUUGUAUCAGGAUUAAAGCAUGAAUGUGUCUAAAGUUAAAUUAAUACCAAAUAUGAUGACAACGAGACUAAAUGUAACGCCAAUCAUUGUUUUUAAUGUGCUGAAUUUUGCUAGUAAUUUAUUUUGAGGCAUUCCGCAUUGCAUUUUUAGAUAGUGGAAAUCUUUAUUUUUUCCCUUGUUGGUGUUGUGAAAUGAUUGGAAAUAAAUGUCAGAUUUAAGAAUAACAAUUAACAGUCUAUUGGUUC